AUGCGAAUCACCCAUAUUGCCCUAAGCUUAAGCUGUCUUUUAUGGUCUGCUGCAGCCACUAUUUUACAGAAUGGUCAGGUGAGGGAAGAUCCUUACCCCGGACAAGUAUCCCAGGUUUCAAUCGACGAUUCUUGGAAUACCUACGGGCCCGACGCUCCCGAGAUUUCCUAUAAGGGACGAUGGGAUAGCAGUCAUAUCUCUUGGUGGUCAGCACCAGGCAUCAAGCUACAAUUCUCUGGCGAUAAGCUCGCAAUAAGCUUCGGCUCAAGUACUACUGAUGGUGUCUUAGUAGCCUACCGAAUUGGCUCCCUGGACUGGCAGUUUUCAAAUGUGACCGCUGAUUCAACCUAUCAAUUUAUUGGACCGACAUCAUUAGAGGAGGACCAAAAGGACGAAAAUAAGACUUUUGAACUGAGAGUCACAAACUGGGUUCAAAUCGCAGGCGUAUCAACUGCCAGUGACGCCCAACUCACCAAACCUGCCACCUUCGCAAGAAAGGUCGAAGUAAUCGGCGGAUCUAUCGUUUCUGGCCAAUAUGCAACCUAUGAAACCCUUUCAGCAUGGGGAUAUCUUUUUGCGGCUGGGCUUGGCAAUGUUGAGCAUACUAUCACCGCGUACCCAGGUGCUUGUCUUGCAGAUCUGAAGUGUUAUGGUGGCGGGGUCCAUGGCAUGGGCUGGUAUUGGCACCAUGCUUCUGAUCCUGGUAGUCGCGCUUCUAGAACCUAUGGAGACGACCCCGAGAUCUGGGAUGUCAAGACUAAGCAACCGGCUGAUCUGGUUGUAAUCCAGAUGGGUGGAAACGAUUUCCGCCACCCUAACGAUGUUUCCGGGAGAGACUUCUACCACGCCUAUGUUGAGUUCAUUGAAGAUCUUCACAGCACUUGGCCAAAUGCAGUGGUGCUACUAGUGUCUCAAUGGGGCACAUGGGAGAAAAAAGGAUACUCCUACAUCCCGUCUACUGUAUACGAAGAAGAAACAAGACAAGUCCACGAGCACUUCAGGGACCGGGGAUUCGUCUACUAUUUUGACACUUCCGGCAUCUUGCAGCACAAUGAUAUCGGUCCGAAGAACCACCCGACUGAUAUUGGACAUAUCAAGAUUGCUAGCCACUUAUUACAGUGGGUUCGGGUUGUAUUGCGAUGGAAUAUUGAGCCGAUGGGUGAGGUCCAGCAUGGAACUGAAUAUUGGAAUAACCAGCAGGAGUAUUAA